AUGAGGGGAUCCACCGACUUUUUGUCUUACUACAUGAAGAUGGAAACUUUCUUCGGCCAAAUAUGGAUUGCAGAGGCGAAAGCUCUGUCUCUGCUCAAGAUGGCUAGGCAAUGGCCCAGGAUGCAUUUUGCGGAAGCCGAUGACACGAUUGACAAGUAUCAAAGCUACCUGGUUUCCCAAGAAAAGGCCUUUGAAAAGGUUAUCGGACCUCACGUUAUGGUUCUUGUAGAGGCUGUAAGAAAGAACCCGGGGGGCUUGGUGCUGGUAAACUUCCAGACUUACGACAAGAGUUGGCCACAUCCGCGCUCAGAUCCGGAUUUGGGAGUGCAUGUUCUCGGUGUGGGCAAUCGGAAAGACAUCAAAGAGCAUCCUUGGGCUCUUAAACUGUCCUGUCCCAUUGAAGAACCUACGCCAGAGGGGUCGUAUCCUUUCGAGUUAGUAAGCCUGGAACCUAGUGACCCAGACUGCCCGCUCGUCUCAGCCCCUUGCUUAUCGCCAUGCAUAAUGGUCCCUGGCAACUCCAAGGCAAGCUGGCUUAUCAAGCCACUGGAGAAUGGCAAAUUCUCAUUUUCCUUCUACUCGUUAUCGAUGGAUCUUGAUGCUUUGCCUUCGACUAUGGGACUCGGCAAGUUUUAUGAGAAGAGCAAUGGGCUGUAUCUCGACCUUGGACCAGAAGAUUCUAUUCUCUGCGGAAGAGACUUCGACGCAGAAAAGGUUGAUUCAUCCGAGGGAUGUGGGUUCUUUCUCACGCCCAAGUGA